AUGAAUAAGUGUCAAGCAGUUACACAGCCUGAAAAAACAUCACAACAUUCACAGUGGGGAGAAACUGUUCGUGUGUUCUGUGUUUGUACAGGGCUUCAACCGAUUUCCAACCUGGAGAAACAUGAUGACACUGACACCACAGAGAAACCGUGGAAAUGUGGGGACUGUGGAAAGGCAUUCACUUGCCCUUCCAAGCUGGAGACUCAUCGGCGCACCCACACCGGGGAGAGGCCGUUCACCUGCUCCGUAUGUUGGAAGGAGUUCACUCAAUCAUCCUGUCUAGCAUUACACCAGCGAGUUCACACUGGGGAGAGACCAUACAUCUGCUCUGUGUGUGGGAAGGGAUUCAUUCAGAUGUAUAACCUAGAAUUACACCGGCGGGUUCACACUGGGGAGAGGCCAUUCACCUGCUCCGUGUGUGGGAAGCGAUUCAUUAAUUCAUCCAACCUGGUGACGCACCAGCGAGUCCACACCGAGGAGAGGCCGUUCAGCUGCACUGACUGUGGAAAGAGCUUCAGGCAUUCAUCCACCCUCAAAGCACAUCAGCGACUUCACACUGGAGAGAGGCCAUUCACCUGCUCAGAGUGCGGGAAGGGAUUCACUACCUCAUCCCACCUGAUGACACACCAGCGCGUUCACGAGUGACUGCAGGGAUUGGAUUCCACUGUUGUUGCUGCUGUUCAUCACAUUAAUUGUGAUUGUUCAGGUUUGUUUCUGCUAAUGUUAAUAAUCCCUGUAACUGGGUUGGAAUUUAAUAUUCUGAAUCUAUAGCUGAUUGUGUUCUCGGGCCUGCAGUGUCCCUUUUAAGAACCGCUGUCCAUGAUCUUUCCCCAAAAUUCAGGAACUCUCAUCAGAAAUAGUUUAGAACAAGCUCAUGAACUUUUACUUCAAUCCGAAAUUGAUCUUUGGUACAAAAUCUACAGUUCAGUGUCUGAGAGGUUCCACUGAUUAACAUCUCCAGUCAGAAGGUGCUGAUUAAAUCCUGCUGACAAUUCUUACUGACUUACACAUUACGCACAGUGACACCUCCAUUACCCACCAGAAAGAAGGGGAAUGGGAAUUGGAGAAUUGAGAGACCCCAAAUGUUAACCUUCCCGUCUGGUACAGAAAUCCCCUCAGCACGGGAAUGGGGACAAGUCCAAUCCAAUGAACAGACUGUAAGAAAUCGCUGUCUAAUAAUCUUAUAAAAUCUUCAGCGGUUUAUGGAACAUUAUUGGUAUAGCUCACUCUCUUGCUCUUGUGAAGAAAGCUUCCUUAGCAGCUUGCUGGUUGACAAACACAGGACAUAUGGAACAUAUAUGAACAUACGAAUUAGGAGCAGGAGUAGGCCACUCGGCCCCUCAAACCUGCUCUGCCGUUAAAUAAGAUCAUGGAUGAUCAGAAUAUAACCUCAACCUCACAUUCCUGCCUAUCCCCAAUAA